ACUCCAGCCACGCACGAGCGCCUCGUGCAUGAAUUUAGGUUGAUGCGAAUUAUUAAAAGGCGCCUGGAAGCCAGAGGAGAGGCUGGUGUGCAGAUGAGGAUUAAUAAAUCGUGCUCGUCAAACGCGGCGCUGUUCACCUGGAAUACCUGAAGCGUUCCAAUGACACCCAGCUGCGUCAACUUAUCAACACUGUUGCAUGUUUUCACUGCUGACAUGUCGGCCCCUGUGGCCUAGCCCGUAGAUUUAUGUUUUAUGUCAGACCGGUCGCUGUUGAUUCGAAGCCCUGAGUGUCCGAAAGUCGCGGCAGCUGAAUUACGUUACUGUCCCCUCAAGAGGAUGCUGCCUGAAGCGCAAUGAUGCCCGGGACUCGGAGGGUUUUCUGAUCAGGAUGACAUUUGGUUGAACACACUCGUGGACGUGAAACACAGAAUCAACUCUCGUUUUUUUUUUUUUUUUGAGCCAAGAAGCUGCACCAAGAUCCGACCUCUGCCGAACUAGACUCUCGGUUUUCAGACUCGGUUCGGGGAGAUGGCCGCAAUCGCCAGCUCCCUGAUCCGGCAGAAACGCCAGGCGAGGGAGUCGAACAGCGACCGGGUCUCUACUUCGAAACGUCGCCCCAGCCCCAGCAAAGACCCCCGCUCUAUCUGCGAGAGGCAUUUCUUGGGGGUCUUCAGCAAAGUCCGAUUCUGCAGCGGCAAGAAAAGACCCGUUCGGCGGCGACCAGAUGCACCCUCGAAACCUCCACAGGUGUCCCAUAAGGGCUGCAGGCUAGAGCCGCAGCUGAAAGGCAUCGUGACACGGCUGUUCAGCCAGCAGGGCUUCUACCUGCAGAUGCAGCCGGAUGGAACCAUCGACGGCAGCAAGGAUGAGAACAGCGACAACACUCUGUUUAAUCUUAUUCCUGUGGGUCUAAGAGUGGUGGCCAUCCAGGGAGUGAAGAGUGGCUUCUACAUUGCCAUGAAUGGCGAGGGCAUGCUCUACAGCUCGGAAAUGUUCACACCAGAGUGCAAGUUCAAGGAGUCUGUUUUCGAGAACUACUACGUGAUCUACUCGUCCACUGUGUACCGACAGCAGGAGUCGGGCCGGGCCUGGUUCCUUGGCCUCACCAAGGAGGGACAAGUCAUGAAGGGCAACCGGGUCAAGAAGACUAAGCCCUCGUCACACUUUGUGCCCAGGCCCAUCGAAGUUUGUAUGUACAGGGAGCCGUCAAUGCAUGAGAUAGAGGACAAGCACCGCUCCAGGAAGAGCUCAGGGACUCCCACCAUGAACGGAGGGAAAGCUGUCAAUCAGGACUCCACAUAGCAGCGGAGGGAGGGGCUUCCAGCAGGGGGGAGUGAUCUCAUCCUGACUCAAGGGGCGGGGCCAUAGGAAAACUCAUCGCCCCCCCCUAAAAUACGCACCACCAUCCCCUCUGAAAAAAAAGAAGGCGUUGUGGCGAUGAGGAGCUAUUACUGUACACCCAAGACAACAAAAACAAAACUGAACUCUUGCCUGUGAAAAUCUUUUAGAUGAAUUAAUAUGAAACCAGAGGAGAUAUAUAUAUAUAUAUAUGGAGAAAAAAACAUUUUCAAUCAGGACUUGACCAACAUUUUAUGCAAAAGAGAACAAGCUGUGAUAAACAAAAGAAUGGUGGUCUCUCUUCACGCAAAUACAAAUAUCUAUCAUUUCCAAUUUAUGCUGUGAAAAACAAGCUUUAAUACAUCUUUUCUAAAUGCUACUGCACUCCCAUAUGCUUUAUUGUGUUAUUGUUGUCAGUAAUAACUAUAACAUCAUCAUCAUUACUAAUCUGUUGAAUCUUAUCAUCCCAGUUAAUAUCAUGGUUACAGGCUUUCUUUUGUUUUUGGGACUAGAGAUUUGUUUUCCAAUUUCUCUCUCAUAGUUUGAUCCUGAAUGCACUGUCACACUACCUGCUCUGUUGUGAGGGUAAGACAGAAUGUAUUUGAUAGUUCUCUGUGUUGUACUCCAAUGGAAACAGAGUGCUUAGGGCGGGAUGUAAUUUACUCAGGUGUGUACUGUAAGUGUGACUAAAAGGACAGACAGGGCUGUUUCAAGUACUCUAACAUGAAGUCCCCUAUAUUGUUCUGCAAUGACGGGACAAGACUGAUUCAAGCAAUAUAAUAGAAAACAGUCUAGUAUGUCUCUAAACAAUAGUGAUGCCAAGCUGACAACACAUCCCUGUGGUUGGUGUGUUUGUCAGUAGAGAAGACUGGCAAAUAAAGUUGUACAAGUAGGUAAAAGUUGGUGUCAAAGUAAAACUGUCUUGAUAUCCAUUCAAUAUAGUAUUUAAAAUUUGCAAAGAUUAUUAGGUUUUUAAGUAAAAAGAUGUCCAAACUUGUCACAAAUGGCAAAGAAUAGCAUUCUCUCCAAAACAACCAGCAUCAGCACUAUGAGCCAUGGCCAAAAUAAAAUGGCCACUUCACAUAUACACCUCAAGAAACACAGACCCCUCUCUCUGCUGUUAGCUAGGCUAAAGACAUAACCAUAUAACAGUAUUCAUGCCUUUAAACUAUAUGGACAAAAGACUUCUGCUGUUUUUUUCUAAGCAAGAGAAGAAUGACAGUUGUUUUGGCAGACCCAGCAGUUGUUGACUAGUUUUAAAGACUAUUUCUGUUACUUUUAUUGUGAAAACAUUAGAGAUUUCUCAACACUGGUGGACAAGGUGCCUGACUGACUGUUUAAUAACCUACUGACCUGACUUGUUGAUGUUUUCAAUAUAUGGUCACAAUCAUUAAGACUUUCCCAUCACAAUGGAAGCAGAAUGUCUCAUUGAGGAACCAGUUCGUCUGGAUUUAGCCAGGUUUGGGGAGGAUGUCCUACCAUCCCAGUGGGAGUAUCUCACCAAACUCAUACAGUCUCCAUCCCACCUGGUUUUGUGACCCAUGAAAUGAGCCAUUUGCUGCAUUGUGGAGGAAAUCUUCUCUUUCAUAAAUCAACAUGCUGACAGGGCUGUUUAAACAAGGUGAAUUGACUGGUACACCGCAUACACCGUGUAGGCUGAAUAGCUCAUUCCCAAUCCCCAAUUAGUUUGACUAACUCAGGAAGUCCUACAAUUGUUCCGCGAAUGGGGCCAGACAUAAAAGGCUGGCCGCUCGUUUGUCCAGCACCUGUUGCACAAAGCUUGGCCACCGGUGUGGUGUUUAAGGAGAUCGGGAUGGAGUCGAUGGUGGGGUUUUUUUCCAUUAAAAAAGGUAUUGUACAGCUAAGCCUAGCCAGGUAAGGAAGGUUGUAAAGGGGAUUACAGGAGCCGAGAUGAAGCAUGAACAUAGCAUGAAUAAGAGUUGAUGUAAGCUUGGUUCAAUUUUGAGGCGAGAGAUUGUUUUAAAUUUGGGGAGAAUAUGUCCAAAACUUUUUUAUGCAACGUUUUGCAAUGUUUUGAUCAGUAUUUUAGCAAGAGUUUAUACAACUCUCCUAUAUCUGGUUGGAAAUCAUAUGCUAAAUUGAUGGUAUGUACAGUAAAUAGCACACAUUCAGUUGCACGGAGCAAACCGCAGUGGUAUAUUAUCAUGGAUCUGGUGUCGUAAUUGGGGCCUGGGUUAAUAGCUGGUGCAAGUUACCUGUGAGAGCUAACGGUAGAUUAGUUCAACUUCCACAGCACCUACAGCAUUGAUACAUACAGUAUAUCAGACGUGACACUGAAAGUCAAAAGGCAAGACCAGCAUAUAGAAGUAUCUUUUUAUAGAGGUUUAUAUUGGUGCAAAUGGAAUACAUGUGGACUUAAAGCAAUGCAUGAAAUUGGAUGUACUCAAUGUCAACUGUUGACGGCAGAAUGAGAGGAUUUGAGAAAGGGAUGAAUAAAUAAAGGAGGUAAAAAUAGCUGAUGUGAGAGAAGAAUAGCACUUUUCGGGGGGGUUAUUGAUGUCUGAAAGGGUGAGCAAAGGCGUUGGUUGUAUGUGAUAUUAAGUAUUAUUUAUUAUUUUUAUGUUUGCAGAUGAUUUCACUGCACUGGAACACACUCAUAUAUGCAUUAUGAAUUGUGAGAUGAAAUAAUAAAAAAAAAAUAUGCAUUGAUAAUAAAAAUCUGAAUGAAGUUAGUGAUUGUUUAAGAAUAAAGACUAUGUUAUCAAAAA